AUGGACUUAUUCGGCGGAGGCCUGCACAAGGAAAUGGAGGUUAAACAAAGAAUACUCUUUGAGUGGCUCCGCAUGUUUGUCAUUGCCCCCUGGUGGGAUCGAAUGUGGAUCACGCAGGAGGUCGGCGUAGCUCGCAAGCUUGUCCUUACUUAUGGCAGAGUCACGAUAUCCUUUGAUGUGCUAAAGGAGAUUAUCAACAUCCAUCCUCCGAUAUAUUGCGACUUGAAAGAGGAGAAUGCGCGAGUCUUACAGUUGCUUGUCACUAAAACAAAAUGCGUUUCCCAACUCCAAGAAUUGCAGAAGUAUGAAACCAUUGCAGAUAUGAACGAAUUGGGCUACUUUUCAAAGUCCUUGGGAAGUCCCCUUCUUUGGCUACUCAGGACGUUCCAACAGAACCGUGCCUCUGAGCCUAGGGAUAAGAUAUACGCCCUGAGUGGCCUUCUCAGGAAGCUCAAUAUCGGCGACGACACUAAACUCUUCGCGGCCGACUAUGAUACCCCGGCAGCCACAUUUUUCUCUCGAGCUGUUGUUCAUAUCAUGCAAGAUACGGGUCUGUUCUGGUUAACAUCUGCAGAUUUGGCUGGCAAAUCCGAUGACAAGCUUCCAUCUUGGGUACCCAACUGGGGAGGUAGUUUCACGAGGGAUCAGACAACAAACCCGUCUUUCUGGGCGGUUCGUCUAUGCCACAGUAAAUCAGAUCUCACAUUCGAAGUCUGCAAUCCGGCAACCCCUUCAAGUCAAAUCUCAUUGACUCCUCUAGCGUACUAUCGCGGUCUCUCCAAAGAUCCACAAGGAAGAUACCGGCAUAAAGUUCGGGGAUCUAUAGCUGAGAAACGAAAUCCUUUUGGACCUGCCUCUAGACCUGGCUAUUUUGCGACAGUGUCCAGCACACAAUUUUUUCUUGAUUGUGAAAACUCUCAACAACGUCGACUGCAAUAUGAGUGGCACGGUCCUGAAGUGGAACGCUUUACAAAGACUGAAAACUGUCUUAAGGUCCCUUCACAAUUGUGUUCCACAAUCAAGCAUGUGUCGAAACCUAUCGCUCCCAAGUUGGCCAACAUAAUCGAUGUAAUCGAAGGGCUGAGGGCUACUUACUCUGAGCUAUUUUCGAGUGCUUGGGAGGAAAACUACCGCAGGGAAUCAAUGGGUCGAUGA